AUGGUUAUCUUCAAGCUUGCCCUGAUCUCCAUACUGGGAGCCUCCGCAAUGGCCCUAAGCUGUUAUUCCCUCAGCCCAUACUCCAACGUAGUCGAGGUGAAGCACCACCAAAGAUUCUGCUACAGCUUGUUCUCUCCGUCGGAAAACUCGGCCUCCCAUGGAGGGCAGACAGUUCACCCUGCCAAAGCAUCCAAGUUGUGGCACCUCGAAAGCUCCAAAGAUUGCGUCGAAAAGAUCAUCAAAGCGGUUGAGGCAGAGCGCAGCUUGUACAUUUGUCACGCUACAGCUCGACGUGAGUUUUACACAAUCGUUGAGCAAAUGGAAGCGAUUAUAAAGGAGUCACACAACCUCGAGAACCAAUUUUUCAUGACUCUAACUCCGUUUCGAUUGUUUGCCGACUAUCAGGGCGCCGCCAUUUCUCAUCGAAAAUCAAUUGCGAAUUUCCAGACUUGUCUGGAAAAAAUAGAAAUGAUGAAGGGACUAGGAGUUUUGAAAGGUCUUGACAUUGAAGAACAACUGGAGCAUUGUGGAAUCGUGAAUGCUCAAAUUAAAACCUUCGGGCGAGUUUCAAGGCUUAUGAACAACCAUGCAAUUUUCGCGGAACCUUCUAGUAAUCUAGCUUACUCUAUCAGAAGAGAUUACGAAGAAAAUCAAAAAAACGUUUGGAGGAUUGUGGUACUGUUCGAUGAUUUGAGGGUGAAAGAUCAAGAAAAUCCGGGAAAUGUGGUUCCUGCUGUAAAUGCUGAACUUCCAAUUCGCGCCUCUAAUUCGGAAUUUUCCAACGUUCCGAAAACUGGAAUUCUGAGAAAUUCGUCGGAAAACUCACACGAGAAAACUCACACAGCUUUCAAUUCUGCUGCACACAAUUUGGACGCUGGACCAUCGAGCCAACACGGCCGCGACGCCUCCAGAAGACGCCAAAAACGUUCAGUGACUUUUUUGCUGACAACACGUGAUUAUCAUUGA